CGGGGUUUGUGUGCGCAAGAGGCCGCCGAUAAAGGUUGGGUGCCUCGCGCCGGGGGCCGUCGGGAGGGAGCGCGCCCCCGCCCCUCCCCGGCCCCCGCUACUGCGGCGCCGUGCCGGGCCCCCCUUCCCGUCGGCCCCCGCGGGGAGCUCCUGGGCCUCCCGCCUCGUCCUCCGGACCGGGGCCGCAGGUGUGAUGGUUGGCUCCCACGCGGACAUGGCGCCUGCCUCUACCGCGGACGGGACUGGGGAGAAGCCCGGCCCGGCGGCCCCCGCCCCUGCGGCCCAGUAUGAGUGCGGGGAGUGUGGCAAGUCAUUCCGGUGGUCGUCUCGGCUCCUGCACCAUCAGCGCACGCACACAGGCGAGCGGCCCUACAAGUGCCCGGAUUGCCCCAAGGCCUUCAAGGGCUCCUCAGCCCUGCUUUACCACCAGCGGGGCCACACUGGCGAGCGGCCCUACCAGUGCCCCGACUGCCCCAAGGCCUUCAAGCGCUCCUCGCUGCUGCAGAUCCACCGCAGCGUGCACACAGGCCUGCGGGCCUUCACCUGUGGCCAGUGCGGCCUGGCCUUCAAAUGGUCGUCCCACUACCAGUACCACCUGCGGCAGCACACGGGUGAGCGCCCCUACCUGUGCCUCGACUGCCCCAAGGCCUUCAAGAACUCAUCCAGCCUGCGGCGCCACCGGCACGUGCACACUGGCGAGCGCCCUUACACCUGCGGCGUGUGUGGCAAGAGCUUCACGCAGAGCACAAACCUGCGGCAGCACCAGCGCGUGCACACAGGCGAGCGGCCCUUCCGCUGCCCGCUCUGCCCCAAGACCUUCACCCACUCCUCCAACCUGCUGCUGCACCAGCGCACCCACGGCCCCGCCCCCGCCCCGGGCACCGCCCCCGGCACCACCCCCGUCCCCCCGCCCCCCACGCCUGGUGAACCCUGCGCGGGCAGCAAGGUUUUGGUCUCAGACGCUUACCUGCAGCGCCACCUGCCGUCCAGCAGCCCGCCCGCGCCCCCCGCCCCGCCGCCCCAGCCUCCGCCAGUGGUGCCCGAGCUGUUUCUGGCGGCAGCUGAGACCACGGUGGAGCUGGUGUACCGCUGCGAUGGCUGUGAGCAAGGCUUUGGCAGCGAGGAGCUGCUCCUGGAGCACCAGCCGUGCCCCGGGCCUGCUCCCCAGCCCCAGGAUGCCCCUGCGGAGACGCCCAAUGAUGCGCCCCCUGCGUCGUUGUCCCCGACGUCCCCUCUGCCGCAGCCCCCUCCUGUCACUGCUCCUGGCUUUGCCUGCCUUCCCUGUGGAAAAUCCUUCCGCACGGUGGCAGGCCUCUCCCGACACCAGCAUAGCCAUGGGGCAGCUGGGGGACAGGCCUUCCGCUGCGGCAGCUGCGACGGGGCUUUCCCGCAGCUGGCCAGCCUCUUGGCGCACCAGCAAUGCCACGUGGAAGAGGCUGCGGCUGGGCGCCCACCCCCCCAGGCUGAGGUUGCCGAGGUCACCUGUCCCCAGGAGCCUAUGGCCUCUGCUGCUCCUGCCCCGCCUCCUCCCCCGCCUGCCGUGGCUUCUGUAGAGCGUCCAUAUAAAUGUGCAGAGUGCGGCAAGGCCUUCAAGGGCUCCUCAGGGCUGCGGUACCACCUUCGAGACCACACCGGUGAGCGGCCCUACCAGUGCGGUGAGUGUGGCAAGGCCUUCAAGCGCUCCUCGCUGCUGGCCAUCCACCAGCGCGUACACACAGGCCUGCGGGCCUUCACCUGUGGCCAGUGCGGCCUCACCUUCAAGUGGUCAUCUCACUACCAGUACCACCUGCGGCUACACUCCGGCGAGCGGCCCUACGCCUGCAGCGAGUGUGGAAAGGCCUUCCGCAACACGUCGUGCCUGCGGCGCCACCGACAUGUGCACACUGGCGAGCGGCCCCACACCUGCAGCGUGUGCGGCAAGAGCUUCGCCCAGACCUCCAACCUGCGGCAGCACCAGCGCGUGCACACGGGCGAGCGGCCCUUCCGCUGCCCGCUCUGCCCCAAGACCUUCACCCACUCUUCCAACCUGCUGCUGCACCAGCGCACCCACUCAGCCGAGCGCCCCUUUGCCUGCCCCAUUUGCGGUCGCGGCUUUGUCAUGGCCGCCUAUCUGCAGCGACAUCUGAGGACGCAUGCCCCAGCCAACACGGCUUCCGGCACUACAGCCUCCGCUGCCCCAAGCUCUCAGCCCCAGGCCCCACUGGCUGCAGCCCCGGCCUCACUGGCCACCCAAGAUGUCCAUGUUCUCCCUCACCUCCAAGCCACGCUUUCCCUCGAAGUGGCUGGGGGCACAGCCCAGGUCCCGCCCCCGGGCCCAGGGGCUCCCAACUCCCAGACGUUUCUCCUGGUGCAGACUGCCCAGGGUCUCCAGCUGAUCCCUAGCAGCGUCCAGCCCCCUACUCCUCCGCCCCCACCUGCACCUAAGCUCAUCCUGCUGCCCUCCAGUGCUGGGAGCGGGGGCAGCCGUGCAAGGCAGUGCCCUCGCGCAGCAGGGAAAGCCAGCCCUGGGACAGGGGUAGUCUGGCUGCCAGGCCCUGGGAGUCUAGGGGUGCAGGGAGGGAGUGGAGCAGGGGCCAGCGGGGCAGGGCAGAGCCUCAUUGUUCUGCAGAAUGUAGGGGGUGGGGAAGCAGGACCCCAGGAAGUGAGUGGGGUCCAGCUCCAGCCCGCACAGGAAGUGACCACGGUCCAGCUCCAACCCGCACAGGAAGUGACCACGGUCCAGCUCCAGCCCGCACAGGAAGUGACCACGGUCCAGCUCCAACCCCUGGCAGGCCAGCUUUCUAAUUCCAGUGGAGGAGCUGUGACUGCUGAGGCCCCCAAUCUGCUGGUGGUUCAGAGUGGGGCAGCUGAGGAAUUGCUAACUGGGCCAGGUCCUGGGGAGGCAGCGGAUAGUGAGGCUAGCACGGGUGUGGUCCAGGAUGUCCUCUUUGAAACACUGCAGACGGAUGAGGGGUUGCAGAGCGUGUUGGUGCUGAGCGGAGCAGAUGGGGAGCAGACCCGGCUCUGUGUGCAGGAGGUAGAGACCCUUCCCCCCGGACUGACAGAGCCACCUGCCCCUGGCCCGCCGGGGCAGAAACUCCUUAUCAUCCGCAGUGCCCCAGCGGCUGAACUGCUGGAGAACAGCAGUGUUGGAGGAGGCGCUGCCACACUGCAACUUCUGGCCCCACCACCACCUGGCCCAGUCUCUACCCCCGCAGGGAUGCCUGCUGUUCCCACCUCCCAGAUGGUGCAAGUGGUCCCCGCAGGGGCUGGGCCUGGGGUCAUGACCUCACAGGGCGUGCCCUCUAUCCAAAUCGUGCAGACCCUACCAGCAGUCCAGCUGGUGCACACAUUUUGAGGACUGGCGCCUCUGUCCACCCCACACAGAGACUCCUAACUCAUUUUCCUUGGCUGAGCUGGGGUUAGCCCCAGGAGAAGGGGGCUGUAGGCUGGGCGUGCUAAUAAAGACCCAGAAUCUCC